AUGUCUGCUUCUGGCUCAAAGUCCUCAAAGAAAAGUGGAAAGCGCAUCGCUACUCUUGAGGAGGAAUUGGAUACCAAUCGAUAUCUUUUUCAGUUCUACCAUGAAAUCGAUAUCCAGGCUGUUAUUGACGGAAGUCCAUGGACCUUUAAUCGUAUUCAAUUUGUUUUUCAUAGGUUGAAGAGGGGGGAAGACCCUCGAUUGAUUCGUCUGCAUAAAUUGGAUAUGUGGAUCCAAUUGCAUGAUUUGAAGUAUGGAUUCAUGUCUGAUUGGGUUGUGAAACAUGUUGGCAAUUAUAUUGGCACGUACGUGAAGUCUGACCCGAAGAAUUUUGUCGGAAUAUGGCGGGAUUACCUCAGAGUUCGAGUCACUAUUGACAUAGAGAAACCUUUGAAGAGGCGCAAGAAACUGAUUAAGCCAAAUGGGGAUUGGAUUUGGACUACAUUCAAAUAUGAACAUGCUCCUAUGUUUUGUUUCAUAUGUGGCCUUAUUGGUCACUCUAAAAAAUUUUGUCCAAAGAGAUUUGAAGAACACUAUGAUGAUUCGAUUCGUAUGUAUGGAGAGUGGAUGAAAGCGCCUACUCGAAAGAAGAACUAUUUGAUAGGAGCCCAGUGGCUGCGUACAGGGCGUGAGGAGGAGGAAGGAGUUGCUGAUGGUGGUGAUCGGAGCCGGAGCAGGCGGGUGGAGGGGAUAAUUAAUGAUUCUGCUGUAAUUGGGAUUGAUAGAGAAAAUUAUGGAGGAGAUCAUGGGAUGCGAAUGGAGAUAGCUCAGAGAAAUCGGCAGAGUGAGAAAUUUGUGGAAGUUAAUGCUAAGGAGAGUAAUGACCAAGAUUCUCAUGAGGAGGCAAGGGUAAUCAGUCAAUCUGAAAAGGAAACUAUGUUAAUUUUGGAAACAAAAAGGAGACGUACAGAGAAUGUUGAGCAGAGGAUAUCACGUAUGGUUGAUGAUACUAUGGUAGAUAAUGUUGAUGAAGUCAACUAUAGCCAAAAAAACGAAGAGCAGGAAACAAUAGAAAAGCUUCGUAUUGCAAUUAAUUUUGCUGGUGCUUUUUCGGUUGAUGCUCAAGGGAAGAGUGGUGGAGUGGCGUUGCUAUGGAGAGUUGAAGGGGAUGUUAACUUGCUUGGGUUUGGUCAGAAUUACAUUGAUGCUUCGGCUAUGGGAGGGGAUAAAGGUAAUUGGAGGCUUACUGGUUUAUAUGGGGAGCCGAAUAGGAGCUUGAGAAGAAACACUUGGACCCUCAUGAAAAUUCUUAGAAAUCGCUCAACACUUCCCUGGUGUAUUGUUGGGGAUUUAAAUAACGUUACUUCUCAGUCUGAUAAAAGGGGAGGGAACCCCUAUCCCAACUGGUUAGUGGAUGGUUUUUGUGAGACUUUGGAUGCUUGUGGCUUGGUUGACUUGGAAUUGAACGGUUAUCCCUUCACAUGGGAGAAGGGCAGAGGUACAAAUGCGUGGAUUGAAGUUCGUAUUGAUCGUGCUGUGGUAUCCCAAAACUGGUUAGAUUUGUUUCCCAUUGCUAAGUUGCUAAACUUAGAGGUAUCUACAUCAGAUCAUUGUCCUUUAUUAUUGAUGUUAGAUAAUGUAAUUCAAGUUGCUGCCAGUCGUUCGUUCAAGUUUGAAAAUUCUUGGCUCCGUGAACCAAUGUGUUUGCAAAUUGUUAAAGAAACUUGGGAGAGUAGUGGUGAUUGCUCGAUUACCCAAAAACUUCACCACUGCGGUGAGAAGCUGAAGGCUUGGGGAAGUGAUUUUAGUGGAAAUUUUAAAAAGCGAAUCAAAGAGUGUAAAGCGGAUUUGAGAUGUUGGAAGAAAGGCAGAGACCCCGUGGCCAUUCAAAAGUAUAAGGAAGCUGAAGUUAAGUUGCAGGAGGUGCUUCUUCAACGUGAAAUUUUUUGGCGCCAAAGAUCGAAGCAACUUUGGUUGAGAGAAGGGGACCAAAAUUCUAAAUACUUCCAUGCUAUGGCAAGCUCUCGAAGAAGAAAUAAUUCCAUACACAAGCUUCGACGGGAAGAUGGUACAUGGUCGGAUUGGGAAAGUGAUUUGCCCCAUGUUAUGACGGAUUAUUUUCAGAAUUUAUUCACUUCAUCUUCGGCCGACUGUGUUGAGGUGGUGAAUUCCAUUCCUCAGGUGGUUUCGAAUGAGCAUAAUUUUUAUCUCCAACAGCCGAUCACAGAUGAAGAAGUAAAAAAGGCUCUAUUCCAAAUGCACCCGGAUAAAUCACCGGGCCCAGAUGGUAUGACACCGGGUUUCUUUCAGAAGUUUUGGCAUGUGGUAAGCAGUGAUGUUAUUAACCAUGUUAGAGGUUUCUUUGAUUCAGGUUCUUUCUGUUCUGAAUUAAAUGAAACUAACAUUGUGCUUGUUCCUAAAAAGAAACAUCCCGAGUCUAUGAGUGACCUUCGACCGAUUUCGCUGUGCAAUGUCAUAUACAAGGUAAUUUCUAAGGUUCUAGCCAAUAGAAUUAAAGGAAUUCUACCUUCGGUCAUAUCUGAAAAUCAAAGUGCUUUCUUGGAGGGAAGGUUGAUCUCUGAUAACAUCAUGAUCUCAUUUGAAAUAAUGCACUAUUUGAAACGAAAAAGGAUGGGUAAAGAGGGGUAUAUGGCGUUAAAACUUGACCUCAGUAAGGCCUACGAUAGAGUGGAGUGGGUUUUUCUUGAGCAAAUGAUGCUUCAUAUGGGGUUCAAUCAGAAAAUUGUCUCCUUGAUCAUGCAUUGUGUCUCUACGGUUAAGUAUAGCAUUACUCAUGGUAGUCAUGUAAUGGGGCCGAUUACUCCAAGCAGAGGGAUUCGCCAAGGUGACCCUUUGUCGCCUUAUCUUUUUCUUGUUUGUGCUGAGGGGUUCUCUUCAUUAGUCAGACGGUUUGUGCAAAAACGAUGGAUAUCUGGUUGUCGGGUGGCUAGAGGAGCUCCUAUUGUAUCUCACAUGUUGUUCGCGGAUGAUAGCUACGUGUAUUGCAAAGCUAAUACCUUCGAAGCUACCAAUGUACUUAAUCUAUUGGCCAUCUAUGAACAAGCUUCUGGUCAAAAGGUUAACAUCAAUAAGUCAUCUGUGUUCUUUAGUAAUAACACUAAUGCUAUAAUUCGUGAUCAAGUGUGUAGUCUCUUGGGUAUGGCAGCUGCUUCUGAACAUAGCACUUAUCUUGGACUUCCCUGCACUAUGGGGAGAAGUAAGAAUGCCAUUCUGGGAUUCUUGAAGGAAAAAAUGAAAAAGAAAAUCAAUGGUUGGGAAACUAGGUUCUUGUCUAAGGCUGGGAAAGAGAUUUUAUUGAAGUCUGUGGCCCAAGCUUUGCCUAGUUUUGCUAUGAGUGUCUUCCUCCUUACUAAAGAGAUUUGCUCUCACCUUGAAGGAUUAAUGUCGAAAUUUUGGUGGAAAUCACAAUCUAACUCUACUACUAAGGGAGUUAGUUGGAUGAGUUGGCAAAGAUUGAGUCGGCAUAAGGAUGCUGGGGGGCUUGGAUUUCGUAAUUUAAGGGACUAUAAUUUGGCUUUCUUGGGUAAACAAGGGUGGAGACUAGUAACUAAUGAUAAUUCUCUUGUGGCAAAGAUUUAUAAAGCAAGAUAUUAUUCGAAUGGGAGUUUCUUUAGUGCUGAAUUGGGUCAGAAUCCUAGCUUUAUUUGGAGAAGCUUAUGGGAGGCUAAAAGCUUGGUUCGGAUGGGAGCUAGAAAAGCUAUUGGGGAUGGGAAGUCCACUAUGAUACUGAAUGAGCCAUGGUUGCCUGGAACUGGGUGUAAUUUUAUCACAACUUCUCACCCGAAUCUUGUUGGCAGAACUGUGGAUAGCCUGAUGAAAAUGGAAGACAAAGCCUGGGAUGAGGAACUGAUAUAUGACAUGUUUACUGAGGAAGAAAGCAUGAGAAUUUUAGCAAUCCAACUCAGCGAUUCUGAUGCUGUUGAUACCUGGUCUUGGUCUGAGGAAAAAUCUGGCGUGUACUCGGUUAGCAGCGCGUAUAAAAUGUUGCAGCAGCAAAGUGGGGCGUGGCCGUGUACUGGUGCAGAAUCAUGUUGGCAGAAGCUUUGGCAGAUGCAAGUUCCAGCUAAGGUGCAUCAUCUGGUGUGGCGUGCGAUGUCGGGGUGCCUUCCAACAAAGGUACAACUCACAACUAAACAUGUGCAUGUGGAUUUAACUUGUCCAUUAUGUAAUGUUGAAGUUGAAUCCAUUUCCCAUGUAUUGUUACAUUGUCCAUUUGCAAGAUCUUGUUGGAAUAUAUCUAUGGUGGGAUACAAUGGAGAGGCAGCCACUGAUUUUCAUAGCUGGUUUGGGGAUUUACUAGCAAAAAACCAGCAGUCUGUUGUCGAAGAGGCUGCAAUGGUAGCCUGGAGGAUUUGGUUGGCCCGAAAUGACAUUCUGUGGAAUAAUAAGAGUACUAAAGCUUUGGAUGUGGUAAAAUUAGCUAGAACUAAUCUUGUUAGUUGGAGAAAUGCUCAAAACCAAAAAUCAGAGGCUUUACUUAAUGUGAAUUAUAGUAAAGAUCUGGAGCAUUGGAGGAAACCGAUUGUGUACAAAUACAAGAUCAAUGUUGAUGGAGCCAUCUUUGAAGCUGAAAAUUGUUUUGGUGUGGGAAUAAUCAUAAGGGAUCAGGCCGGUUACCUAGUUGAAGCUGUGUCAACUAGAAAAAUUGGUGUAGUGACUCCAGAAAUUGCUGAAGUUAUUAAAGUCAAAAAAGCGUUAAGCUGGAUUAAGAAUCAUGAUCUUUCGGAUGUUGAAAUUGAGAGUGAUUCUUUAGUUGUGGUGCAAGCUAUUAAUGGUGAGGUUCAAAUGCCUUCCCAAUUUGGUAUGAUAAGAAAAGAAGGAAACGAGCAAACAUCCCAUUCCAAUCUCAACUGA